AUGAUUCCGAACGAACAUUCCAAGGAACAUCAGUCGGCUACUACAAGUUAUUCGAAAUGCACUCAACUUCGAACUCCAUACUCCCCUUAUGUCACUGAUUUUGAUAUAAUUUACAAUCAAUCUUAUCAAGGAGAAGGAACUUUAACGAAUCCGUAUGUGGUUGACUGGCUGCCAGAUGAUCCUGAAAAUCCUCAAACUUGGAAUACAAUUUACAAGUGUUUCUUAACUGCCUUCGUUUCUAUCACUGCUAUGGGUGUCACGUUUUGUUCGUCUAUAUUCAUUAGUGAAUACAAUACUCUCACAAAAGAAUUUCAACCAUCUCGAGAGGUUCUAACUCUUGGAAUCUCGCUCUUUGUUAUCGGUUUUGCUCUAGGUCCACUUCUUUGGGCCUCGCUUUCUGAAAUGUUCGGUCGACGUAUCAUUUUUAUUAUCACAUAUGUGGCUCUGACUGUUUUCAAUGCUAGUACGGUUUCUUCACGUAACAUUUGGACUAUUCUCAUUCUCCGUUUCUUUGCUGGUGCUUUUGGUUCUUCACCACUUGCUAACGCAGGAGGAACAAUUGCUGAUCUAUUCUCUGUUCACCAUCGUGGUACGGCCUUAACAUUUUAUGCGGCUAUGCCUUUCUUGGGUCCUAUUCUUGGACCUAUUGUCGGUGGCUAUGCGAGUUCUGCGAUUGAUUGGAGAUGGAUACAAGGACUUAUGGCUAUUUUCACUGGUAUACUUGCAAUGAUAGGAAUUUUGUUCCUUUCGGAAACCUACGCACCCUUUCUUCUUCGUUUGCGAGCUGAGAAAUUAUCCCGUAUGACAGGAUUCGUAUACCGCUCGAAAUUUGAAGUGAAGAAUCAAGUCAUUUUUCGUCGUCUACUAAAGAUAUCUCUCUCUCGGCCUUGGAUAUUUCUUGUUCGUGAGCCAAUAGUCUCUCUCCUCUCUUUGUACAUGGCCUUAAUUUACGGUAUUCUCUACAUGUUUGUUAGCGCCUUUCCAAUAGUAUACGGUGAAGAAAGGGGAUGGACAUCUGGUAGUGUAGGUCUUUCAUUUCUUGGUAUGGCAAUCGGUGUUAUUAUAGCUGUAUUGUACUGUAUUUUGGAUAAUCGGCGAUAUAUCAAACUAACACAAGCUAAUGUAAGUCACCGAGUACCACCUGAAACUCGUCUUCCUCCAGCAAUUGUUGGUGCCAUAGCUCUGCCUAUUAGUUUGUUCUGGUUCGCCUGGACCAACUAUCCGUCGAUGCAUUUCAUUAUUUCGACUUCGGCAUGUGUACCUUUUGGUUUUGGAAUAGUAUUAGUGUUUGUAGCUAUAAUUAAUUAUUUNAAUCGGCGAUAUAUCAAACUAACACAAGCUAAUGUAAGUCACCGAGUACCACCUGAAACUCGUCUUCCUCCAGCAAUUGUUGGUGCCAUAGCUCUGCCUAUUAGUUUGUUCUGGUUCGCCUGGACCAACUAUCCGUCGAUGCAUUUCAUUAUUUCGACUUCGGCAUGUGUACCUUUUGGUUUUGGAAUAGUAUUAGUGUUUGUAGCUAUAAUUAAUUAUUUAGUAGAUUCAUAUAUGAUUUAUGCGGCCAGUGCCUUAGCUGCCAAUUCUAUUCUUCGCUCAUUGUUCGGGGCUGCCUUUCCUCUUUUCACUACUAAAAUGUUCCACAACAUUGGUAUUCACUGGGCAGUUUCCGUCCCUGCGUUUGCCGCCUUACUAUGUAUACCCUUGCCGUACCUCUUCUGGAAAUAUGGUUCUUUUGCGCGACAACGGUCUAAAUACGCAUCCGAAAUUAUUAUGUUGAUGGAAGCUGCUCAUAAAUCAUCGGAUAAUGAUUUGGAAGGAAACACAGAAGUUAAAUCAUCAAUACGGUAUUCAAUAGUUAGUGACAAUGUGACAAUUGUGCGCCUCUAA